ACAGCGGUGCUCCAUCCGCUCGCGCGCGAGAACCCGCACGGUGUAGCGACAAAACCGCAACAGAGAGAGAGACAGAGCGUGCGGGUGUAGCGCGUGCAGGGACGUGUAGAGCCCGAGUCUGUUCUGAGAAAAGGCGGGAAACAACAGAGCGAGUUUUAUGAAUAUGAUGAAGAUGAUGAAGGACUAAAUCACCAUUUAACCAGCGAAGCAUCGCGCGCGCCACGGCUGUCGGAGAGAUGUGCUGCAAGAUGACGGUCCUGAAGCUGAUUCUGCUGCUCUGCGUCCUCGCACUGUGGAUCGACGACACAUUCGCCAAAGAAAAGUCGACCAAGAAAGGCAAGAAGAAAGGCAAGCAGGUCUACUGCCCAUCGCAGCUCUCAUCAGAAGAUCUCGCCCGGGUUCCUGCGAACUCCACGAGUAACAUCCUCAACCGGCUCCUGAUCAGCUACGACCCGAGGAUCCGGCCAAACUUCAAGGGAACGCCUGUGGAGGAUCGGGUCAACAUCUUCAUCAACAGCUUUGGAUCCAUCCAGGAAACCACCAUGGAUUAUCGCGUGAACAUUUUCCUGCGUCAGCGCUGGAACGAUCCGCGUCUCCGUCUUCCCCAGGACUUUAAAUCCGAAUCUCUGACUGUCGACCCAAAGAUGUUUAAGUGUUUGUGGAAACCCGAUCUGUUCUUCGCCAACGAGAAGAGUGCCAACUUCCACGACGUCACGCAGGAGAACAUCCUGCUCUUCAUCUUCAGGAACGGAGACGUCCUCAUCAGCAUGAGGUUAUCAGUGACUCUCUCGUGUCCUCUCGACCUGACGCUUUUCCCCAUGGACACUCAGAGAUGCAAGAUGCAGCUGGAGAGCUUCGGUUACACCACAGAUGACCUGCAGUUCAUGUGGCAGUCUGGAGAUCCAGUACAGAUGGAUGAAAUCGCUCUGCCCCAGUUUGAUAUCAGACAGGAGGACAUCGAGUAUGGAAACUGCACCAAAUUUUACGCUGGAACCGGUUACUACACCUGUGUGGAGGUGAUCUUUACCCUCAGAAGGCAGGUGGGCUUCUACAUGAUGGGCGUGUACGCUCCCACGCUGCUCAUCGUCGUGCUCUCCUGGCUCUCCUUCUGGAUAAACCCGGAUGCCAGCGCCGCUCGAGUCCCUCUGGGGAUCCUGUCGGUUCUCUCGCUGUCCUCAGAGUGCACUUCUCUGGCCUCAGAGCUGCCCAAGGUGUCGUACGUGAAGGCCAUCGAUAUCUGGCUGAUCGCGUGCUUGCUGUUCGGCUUCGCCUCGCUGGUGGAGUACGCCGUGGUGCAGGUGAUGCUCAACAGCCCCAAACGGCUGGAGGCCGAGAAGGCCCGGAUCGCCAGCCGAGAGAAAGCCGAGAGCCGAGUGACCCCGAAAGUGAACAGUCUGAACGGAGCCGGAGGAACGCCGCUACACAUCAGCACUCUGCAGGUGACAGAGACGCGCUGUAAGAAGGUUUGCACGUCGAAGUCGGACCUGCGCUCAAGUGACUUUAGCAUCGUCGGUUCUCUCCCGCGAGACUUCGAGCUAUCGAACUUUGACUGCUACGGGAAGCCGAUCGACGUCGGAAACGCGGCGGGAAAAGCGCAGGCCAAAAACAACAAGAAGCCUCCUCCGGCCAAACCCGUCAUCCCGUCUGCCGCCAAACGCAUCGACCUCUACGCGCGUGCCCUCUUCCCUUUCUCUUUCCUCUUCUUUAACAUCAUCUACUGGUCUGUAUACCUGUGACCCUCCGUCCCUCCGUCCCUCCAUCCGCCCCCUCGUCUCUGUCUGUUCGUCUCCAACCUCAGGCAUCAAACAAACAGUUCCUUACACACACACACACACACUCAUGUACAGAGAUGAUGGUAAAAGAGGCACUAAGGAAAGAUUAUAAUAGUAUUAUUUUAGUGUAAAUACACAAAGACCAUUUUAUUUCUCAUAAAUUAUGUCUGAUUCAUUGAGUUAAUUAAAUAAUCAUUUAUUAAUUAAUUAAUUAAUAUUCAUUUAUGAUAAUCUAUGUAGCAUCUGCACAGUUAUUAUGCAAAAUAAAUUAUUAUCCCGCAUGUGCUUAAUGUAUGAUAUACAGUGCAUAUGAAUAUUAUGAUAUAUUUAUGCUUCUGAUGUUUAUUUUUGGAUCCCCGCAUCACUUUAUGAUGAUGAUGAUGAUGAUGAUGAUGAUAAAGAUUAAGAUGAUGAUGAUGAGCUUGUUGGUCUUGUACAGUAGAACACUGCCACACUGAACUGUAUCGUUUGAUGAUCUUCCCGGCGUUCGUGUGUGUAACGCUUCAACACUUUUUCUGUGAUUGUGAAAAAUUUAUCCAACAAUAAAUUGA